AUGCCUCGCCCUCGACCCUCUGCUCGCCAAUCGAGCGAAGUCCCCUCCGAAACCUCCUCGUCCACAUCCCCCGAACGCGCCGUCGACGAUGACACCGAUUUCUUCAUGGCUCAGGCCAACGACUCGCAAUCCUCCAUUGGCGUCGCCAACUUCCGCGAACUCCACGUGCAGGGCGCUCGUUCGGUUCCCGUGCCACCGAUCGGCCGCCUCCCUCCCGAAAUAUUGAUCGCGAUCUUCUCCAAAUUGGCCCUGCCCAAGGAUAUGCUGGCCUCCAUGCAGGUCUGCCGCAGCUGGGCCGCCAACUGCGUCGGGAUUCUGUGGCACCGCCCGUCUUGCAAUAACUGGGACAACCUCAAGAGUGUGGCGUCGUCUGUGGGCGAGCCCAAUAGCCUGUUUGCCUACGCGGAUUUGAUCAAACGACUGAACCUGUCUGCUUUGACCGAGGCCGUCAGUGACGGUACCGUCGUCCCGUUCACUCAAUGCAAGCGCAUUGAGCGGUUGACUCUGACCAACUGCUCGAAGCUGACUGAUAAGAGCGUUUCCGACUUGGUCGAUGGUAACCGCCACCUACAGGCGCUGGAUGUUUCCGACUUGCGAUAUCUGACCGACCACACCCUGAAUAUGGUUUCCAGGAACUGCCCCCGCUUGCAAGGUCUCAAUGUCACCGGAUGUACUAAGAUUACCGACGAUUCGUUGCUGGUUGUGUCGCAGAACUGCCACCAGAUCAAAAGACUAAAACUAUGUGGCGUUGAACAAAUCACAGAUCGGACGAUCAUGUCCUUCGCGGAAAACUGCCCGGCCAUCGUGGAGGUGGAUUUGCACGACUGUAAGCUGGUCACGAGUCAGUCAAUAACGGCGUUGAUCACCAUAUCGCGAUACCUUCGAGAGCUUCGUCUCGCCCAUUGCAUCGAAGUCAACGACUCCGCGUUCCUGAAUCUUCCGGAGCAUAUGUCCUUCGACAAUCUGCGCAUCCUCGAUCUCACGGCAUGCGAGGACGUGAAGGAUGAUGCAGUCGAGCGCAUCGUGACCGCUGCUCCUCGCCUCCGAAACCUGGUCCUGGCUAAAUGCCGCUUCAUCACAGAUCGCUCAGUCAUGGCGAUCUGCCGUCUGGGCAAGAACUUGCACUACGUGCACCUGGGCCACUGCUCGAAUAUCACCGACUCGGCUGUAAUCCAGCUCAUCAAGUCUUGCAACCGCAUUCGAUACAUCGACUUGGCCUGCUGCAACCGCUUGACCGACACCAGUGUGCAGCAACUGGCUACUUUGCCCAAGCUUCGACGGAUUGGCCUGGUUAAGUGCCAGUCUAUUACCGAUCACAGUAUCUUGACUUUGGCACGCACGCCCCGAUCUAGCCACCCGAUGGGAAUCCGGCCUUUGAUAAACAACUGUCCCCGUCUCACCCACCUCAGCUUGACUGGUGUGCAGGCCUUUUUGAACGCAGGCCUGACCGCAUUCUGCCGCGAAGCCCCACCCGAAUUUACCCAGCAACAACGAGAAGUCUUCUGCGUCUUCAGCGGCGACGGCGUAACCCGAUUGCGAGAAUACAUCAAUCAAAAGACACCCCCGCUGCAAGAAGAAGCCACCAUGUACGAUGACGAUGAAGAACUGGACGAAGACGAGGGCCAGAUGACCGGUUUGAUGCAUGCGACGGGCAUCAGCGACGACGAUUACAUCAACGUGCCUGCUCAUGACUGA